UUGUAUUAUACAGUAUAUUGAGUUUAUAGACAUCAACUAUAAUACCAAUUGUCUCAAUAGUUAGCAAAUAAAAUAUGUCUAAAUUAUACAUAUAUUUCAUAACUAUAAUCACAUUGUUUGUAAUCAAAACAAAUGGUGUGAUUAGUGGUACUUUAGGAGAAAGAAAUCAAGUUUUCAAUAAUAAUAAUAAUAAUUAUAACAACUAUGAAGAGGAACUAGAUUUGGCUAAAAAGUUUAAACAAUUAAUCAAAGAUUUAGCGGAAAUCUUAAGUGAUGAUCAACAACAACAACAACAACCAGGAGCUGAUAAAAAUGGCCGACCGGGUAGUCGUGGUGGUGGUAGUGAUGGCAAAAAAGAUAGAAAAUUAAAAAAUAUAUUUAACGGUAUGCUUAGAGGUUUUGGUGCUGGCUCAAAUGUUGGCCAGGGAGUGGCUAAUGGCUUUGGUAACAGUGUUGGCGGGUUUCUGGGACCCAAUUUAGGUAGAGCAGCCACUGGCCUGGUUAGCUCUGUAGCCAAUCCGAUUGGUUCAUUAGUKGGCACUUUUUUGGGUGCUAUGGGCGGUCUGGCGGAUACAGCCGGCAGGAUAUUAGGUGGCGGUCGUAAUAACAAUCAACAAGGACAGUUUAAUCAAAAUUGGAAUAAUAAUAAUAAUUAUGGUGGUGGAAAUAUCUAUGGCGGCAAUAACAAUGGCGGCUAUAACAAUGGCGGCUAUAACAAUGGCGGCUAUAACAAUGGCGGCUAUAACAAUGGCGGAAAUAACAAUAACUAUGACAACAAUUGGUAUAAUAAUGGCCCCAGUUACAAUGGACCUACAUAUAAUGGCCCCAGUUACAAUGGCCCUACUAAUAAUGGACCCACAAACAAUGGCCCUACUAAUAAUGGCCCCAGUUACAAUGGCCCUACUAAUAAUGGCCCCAGUUACAAUGGUCCUACUAAUAAUGGACCCACAAACAAUGGCCCUAUUGAUAAUGGCCCCAGUUACAAUGGCCCUACUAAUAAUGGACCCACAAACAAUGGCCCUACUAAUAAUGGCCCCAGUUACAAUGGCCCUACUAAUAAUGGCCCCAGUUACAAUGGUCCUACUAAUAAUGGACCCACAAACAAUGGCCCUAUUGAUAAUGGCCCCAGUUACAAUGGCCCUACUAAUAAUGGACCCACAAACAAUGGCCCUAUUGAUAAUGGCCCCAGUUACAAUGGCCCUACUAAUAAUGGACCCACAAACAAUGGCCCUAUUGAUAAUGGCCCCAGUUACAAUGGCCCUACUAAUAAUGGACCCACAAACAAUGGCCCUAUUGAUAAUGGCCCCAGUWACAAUGGCCCUACUAAUAAUGGACCYACAAACAAUGGCCCUAUUGAUAAUGGCCCCAGUUACAAUGGCCCUACUAAUAAUGGACCCACAAACAAUGGCCCUACUGAUAAUGGACCCAGUACUAAUGAACCCACUACCAAUAAACGCACUACCAAUGGACCCACUUCCAAUGGACCCACUUCCAAUGGACCCACCACCAAUGGACCCACUUCCAAUGAACCCACUUCCAAUAGACCCACUACAAAUGGACCCACUUCCAAUAGACCCACUACAAAUGGACCAAGUAACAAUGGACCCACUACCAAUGGACCCACUACAAAUGGACCCACUACAAAUGGACCCACUACAAAUGGACCCACUACCAAUAGACCCACUACCAAUAGACCCACUACAAAUGGACCAAGUAACAAUGGACCAAGUAACAAUGGACCCACUACCAAUGGACCCACUACMAAURGACCCACUACCAAUAGACCCACUACCAAUGGACCCACUACAAAUGGACCAAGUAACAAUGGACCCACUACCAAUAGMCCCAMUACAAAUGGAGCCACUUCCAAUGGACCAAGUAACAAUGGACCCACUACCAAUGGACCCACUACAAAUGGACCCACUACAAAUGGACCCACUACAAAUGGACCCACUACCAAUAGACCCACUACCAAUAGACCCACUACAAAUGGACCAAGUAACAAUGGACCAAGUAACAAUGGACCCACUACCAAUAGCCCCAAUACAAAUGGAGCCACUUCCAAUGGACCAAGUAACAAUGGACCCACUACCAAUAGCCCCAAUACAAAUGGAGCCACUUCCAAUGGACCAAGUAACAAUGGACCCACUACAAAUGAACCGAGUAACAAUGGACCCACUACCAAUGGACCCACUACAAAUGGGCCCACUACAAGUGGACCCAAUACAAAUGGACCCACUACAAAUGGACCCACUACAAGUGGACCCAAUACAAAUGGACCCACUACAAAUGGACCCACUACAAGUGGACCCAAUACAAAUGGACCCACUACAAAUGGACCCACUACAAGUGGACCCAAUACAAAUGGACCUACUACAAAUGGAAUAAGUAACAAUGGACCCACUUCCAAUGGACCCAAUAGCAAAGCAGUCAAUUGAAAUAAAAAAUGAUAAUGCUAAAUUUUCCUAUAUUUCUAUUAAUAUAAGUAAUUCCAMAAAAAAAUCUAAUUUUUUAUAUAAUGAAAUUUUAAC